AUGAACCUCAACGUGCUGCAGACAGAGUCGAUCAACCUGGCCACGGUUGGAAUCGACCAGUUCUCUUCCAUGGAAAUAGCCAAGGCCAUGAACAACGAAGACACCAAGGUUGUGAACGUGGUGAAUGAGUCUUUACCUUCUAUUGCCGCCACUAUUGAUGCUGUGCAUCCUAGAGUGGCUGCCGGUGGAAGGUUGGUGUAUAUUGGGUCUGGUACCAGUGGUCGACUUGGUCUCUUGGAUGCCGCCGAGAUUCCACCAACGUUUUCUGCCUCGCCUGACCAAUUCGUGGCUAUCCUCUCAGGUGGUGACCAGGCGAUCAGAAUUGCUCAGGAAGGCGCUGAGGAUGACGAAGAGCUCGCUAUUGCGGACCUCAAGAACAUCAACCUGACUGCCACCGAUACCGUGAUCGGAAUCGCAUCUUCUGGCAGAACUCCUUACGUCAUAAGCGGGCUACUUUUUGCCAAAAGUAUUGGGGCUGUGACCGUUGGUAUCACAUGUGUACGUCCAUCCGAGUUUGCGACCAGAGACUGCUGUGAUCACCUGAUAGAGGUAGUCACUGGUCCUGAAGUUAUUACCGGUAGCACCAGAUUGAAGGCUGGUACUGCUACAAAAAUGGUGCUGAACAUGUUGAGUACUGGUAUUAUGGUGAAGCUGGGCAAGACUUACAACAACUUGAUGGUUGACGUGAAACCCACAAAUCUCAAGCUGGAAGAGCGGGCCAGAAGGAUCUUCAAAAGGAUCUCUGGAGCCGAGUUCUACUAUGUCACCGAAAAAGGUGAAAAAAGUCUCGUGAGAGUCGACGACUCCAAAGUGGUUGCUGACAAGAUUGACAGUCUGCUUGCUUUGAGUGGAAAGAGCUUGAAGUUGGCGAUUGUGGUUGGAAAAACCGGAUUGUCAGUUGAAGAAUCUAGGGCUUUGUUGGAAGAACACCAAGGAAAGCUUAGGUUGGCCCUUGAAGCUACGGAUAAAUAUUCCUCUGAGAACUCCGACAGUGCAGAAUCAUCUAUCUCAGCCCAGCGUUCAGGUUCUAGCUCGUCAGAGGAGAGUCUGGUCAUGGAUGCUUUAGAUGAGGAGUUUUAUCUGGCUGUUGAUGGUGGUGGAAGCAAGACUGAGGCCGUAAUCACCACCUCUACAGGAUUGCAAUAUACUGGAUAUUCGGGAGCUUCUAAUCUUGCUACCGCCAGUCCAUCUGGAUCUCUCAAGAUUGUCUCAGAAGCUGUUGGCAACGCUAUCAAAGAACUGAACAGAAGCCUGACUACUCCGGUUGAAGAUCUCCUCUUCAGCAAAGUGUGGCUCGGACUCGCUGGUGUUUCGUCGUCGUCUCCAGAAAUUGUUUCCGAGGCUAAAAGACUGUUUGACGAAAAGUUCGGAACCGAUGUCAAACUCACUGGAGACAGUUAUUUGCUCUCUGGGGCUCUCACCAGCAGUAACUGCAAAGAGACCUCAUGCAUCACUCUGAUUGCUGGAACCGGGUCUGGAGCAAUGUCCUUCAGGACGUCCAAAAACGAGGUGGUUAACAUUGGCAAAUCAGGUGGAUGGGGCCCGUUGUUGGGAGAUAAAGGCAGUGGUUUCGACAUUGCUGUCAAAGCCAUCCAGAAUACCCUCUCCGUCCUGGACAAGAUAAACAUCACAAAAGCAUCUGCAGAUUCUCUUUCGCCUUUGGACCUCAAAAUCAUCGGUGAGCUUGCUGAUGGAAAGCCCCAGCAGUUACUGGGCAAUGUGAUAAAGCUCUUGAACACAUCCAGCGAUAAGGCCCGCAUUGCCAGCAUUGCCAAGUAUGUUUUUGAAGAGUACACAAACAACGCCUCGGCGGCUGCCAUAUUGGACACAGCGGCCCAAGAGCUAGCUCAGUAUGUCUACCCAUUGGUCACGGGAGAACUCAGACCCCAGAGCUCAAUCCUGGUGGUAACCGGAUCUUUAUUGAUGAGGUCAGAUUACCGGUCCCUAGUGCUGGAAAAGCUUAGUGGUAACGGCGUCGUUUUCUCGCGUGUCGAAACCGUUGGAGAUGUGGCUGCGUUUGCAGGAAAGUCAUUGGUCAUAUAA